AUGGCUACCCUGCUCACCGGGGCCUGUUUGUGCCAGAAAAUUACCUAUCGCGUCGAUCUGCCUGCUACCGAUCCCCUCCCACAGGUCAUCCUCUGCCACUGCACCAGCUGCAAACGCUAUACCGGGUCCGCCUUUUCCUCCAACAUCGUCGUUCCACGAUCCGCCCUGGUCUACACCACCGGCUCCCCCAAGUUAUACCUCGGCCACAGCGACCGGGGCCCCCAAGUGCGUCGUCAGUUCUGCGCCGACUGUGGAACUCCCUUCACCUCCCAGCCGGGCGACGCCGACGAGAUCAUUAUCAUCAAAACCGGCACCCUCGACGAGGAGAGUCGGGCGCGGUGUGGCCAAUUGGGGCAGGAGAUCUGGUGCCGCAGCAAGGACGAAGGGGGAGAGGACAGCGAGGAUGCGAGUCAAUCUGCACUGAUUGUGUCCACUAACUAG